AUGAAUCGCGAGGAUGUUGAGUUUCCCACCUUUGAUGGGCUGACGCUGCGUGGCUGGCUUUAUCCAGGCUCGAUACAAGGCCCAGCCAUAGUUAUGAACCAAGGGUUCAACACCCCUAAAGAGAUCUUAUUACCAGAUGCCGCCUUGUGGUUCCAGCAACACGGGGUUACGGUGUUGCUCUAUGACAGCCGGUGCAUAGGUGCCAGCGAUGGCGAACCGCGCAACGACGUCAAGCCCGCCAAGCUGGUGGAAGACUACCACGACGCCCUCACCUUCAUGGCUAGUCAUCCCAUGGUUGACGAGGAUAAAAUCACCCUGUAUGGCUAUUCAUUCAGUGCCAUGACGGCGCUCGUCGCAACGGCUCUCGACCAUCGUGUUGGAGCAGUCAUCUCCGUUACGCCUAUUGCAAACUACGACUUCCGAGAGGAGCAAAAGAACAAUGUUAUGGCAUUGGCGAUGCAGGACCGCGUCUCGUGUAUUGCUGGUAACGACCCGGUAUACAUCCCCUUCGUAGCUGACGACGGCUUGAACCCAGCUGGGUGGGGAAACCAAUAUAACAUGGAGGAAUUCAGAGCAUUCCUUGGCACCUCCUUCUUUACGAACCAAACAACAGUACAGAGCUAUUACCAUGUGCUAGCGUGGCAACCGUACGGGGCAAUGCACCUCAUUCGUGGGACGCCGGCAAUGAUGGUCACUCCCGCCGAGGAUACCAUCUCGACGCCUGCGGAUCAAAGGGCAGUAUUUGACAUGAUUGGUGAGCCAAAGGAGUUUGACCUGGUGGCCGGGAGGGGUCACAUGAAUGUCAUUAAUGGGGAAGGGGCAGAAGAAGUCCUGCAAAGGCAGCUUGAUUUUAUGAGAAAGUAUCUGAAAUUCUAG